CAGGGCGAGGCGUCCACGCAGCAGACACCGCCAUUGAGUGACGCAAGAACCUCGGGUAGCGGCGCGGGUCCAGCGUGGACCUUGGCGCUUAUCUCGGGCGCGUGUUGUCGGUGCGACAGUACCGCUCACGACGCCGCUUAUCGCGGGUCCUUGCGUGAAGUUCCGACGACUCGUGAGUCCGUCUAGAAGUCGCCCGUCCUCAGGCACCGCUACGGCAGCACACAGCUCUCCUCCGCCCGGGCCCUGGAUCGCAGAGGGUCCAGCCCCGGCGGCACCGGUGCCUAGCCUCGUCGAAGAAGAAGAGGUCCGAGCCCGCGGGCUGCUGCCGGAAGGCGCUGUUCAGCGCGCGCCCCUUGGGCCCAAGUCAGCUUGGCAUCCAGAGUCGGAGACCGCAGACCGAGCUGGCGUCGCACGAUUUCCAUCGGAGGCCGCCGACAACGAGGCGCCAUGACGGCCGACUGCGGAGACCACAGAGGCGGAGCUGGCCAGGAGCCGCGCGUCAGCGAGGACAAGAGUGCAGUGCUGCGGAUCGAGUCUCGCGACGGGUGUAACAAGGAUCCUGCGGCUAAGAGCCCGGUCCCGGAGCCGCAGGCCGGGGAACCGGCCGCCGGAGACUGCCACGGCGGCAGCAGGGAGAUCCUGGCCAGGCGGGAGACCGACUUGCCCGGUGAGCCGUGCUGCUCGACCUGCGCCCAGGUGUUCGUGCCCUUCCUGCUGGCCGGAAUGGGCUCCGUGGCCGCCAGCCUGCUCCUGGACCGCGUCAAGGACUGGCCCGUGUACUCGACCUACCGGGAGCUCUUUGUGCUCAUCCCACCCUUGCUGGGCCUCAACGGGAACCUGGAGAUGACGCUGGUGGCACGGCUCAGCACUCAGGUCAACCUCGGUCAACUGGACGCUUUCCGAGACCAGUUGCGCCAGGCGGUUGCCAACAUUGCGCUGCUUCAGUGCCAGUCUACCGUGGUGGCGCUCACGGCCUGCUGCCUUGCCCUGGCCAAGGGCUUGACCCGAGAUCCCGCUCGGGUGACGCCGCUUUACGCCUCCAUGUUGUGCGCUUGCGGUCUGGCUGCCGCCAACGUGGCUAGCCUGCUUUUAGGGGCCUUCAUGACGACCAUCGUCCUGCUGGCGCGCAAGAUGCACCUUAAUCCGGACAACGUGGCUGCGCCCAUCGCGGCUUCGCUGGGCGAUCUGACUACGUUGGCGCUGCUGUCGACCAUCAGCUCGAACCUGCUGCCGUGGAGAGACUCUCCCUGGGUGACGCCGGGGCUGCUGGCGAUGCUGCUGCUCCUGCUGCCCCUCUGGGUGCUCGUGGCCCACAGGCACGAGCGCACGAGGAACGUGCUACGCGUCGGCUGGCCGCCCAUCCUGUCGGCGGUCGUGGUAUCCAGCUUUGGCGGCUACAUUCUGGACUACUCGGUGCUCCGCUUUGAGGGGAUCGCACUGCAUCUUUCAGCCGUCAACGCGGUGGGAGGCAACCUGGCGGCCAUCUACUGCUGCAGGCUGUCCACGUGGCUGAGUCGGAGCGGGAACCGCGGUCUCCUGCCUGUGCACGAGCCCCGCUGCAUGGACCCGGUGUCGCUGUUCUGCACCCGCUCGGAGCUGAGCGCUGUGGCGCGCAUCCUGCUCCUGGUCGUCAUCCCGGGACAGAUCAUCUUCGUGCUGACCACCGACCUGCUCCGCUUCAAGGGCUUCACCAUCACGCCACUCUUCGGACUGUUCUACGUGAUGGUGGCUAUCGUACAGGUGGCCGUGCUGCUCUACCUGUCCCGCAGCCUGGUGUACUGGCUCUGGUGGUGGGACGUCGACCCAGACAACGCGGCUAUUCCCUGCGUCACGGCGGCCGGAGACUUCACCGGCACGGGGCUACUUACACUCGCCUUCUUCGCCCUCGAGGCUCUCAGGGACCCUGUGGCCGUCAGCCCACUCGGCUGAAGAACCGCAGCAGAGCCGGAGGGGUCCCCGGAACCCCCAGCGAUGUGAAUAGAGAUGCCCUCGUGCUUUGCCCUGUCUUCGCUUUUUGGACCCUAUGUCUGCACGCCAUCGUUGUUGGCAGUGAAGAUAUCACGGGUAGAAAACGCGAGAGGGUUGCACAGCCCCAUGUUUGGACUCUGGUCAUUGAAGGCAAAUGUAGCUACUGCUGGACGCGGUAGUCGACUGUUAAGCGGCUGAAAAACUAAGUCAGUUAUAUGAGUGUUCAGUCGCAAAAUUGUUCUCGCACCUGAACAGUGGUAAACGGCCAAACGUAAAAUAUCGUUUAAUUCUUUUUUUUUUUUUUUUUUGCUUGUUCAUCUUUUUGCUGUUCCAAUGCAAGACAAGCUGCCCGAGGGGCGGAGGAGAAUAAAUUUAAAGUAUAAUUUAGAAAACAAGUAUUGCCACACUCUAAAAUAUUAUGGCUUAUUUAAAAUAAGUUAUAAAUAAGAAGUGUUCGUGAUUGGCAAUUCAAAGGUUAUUGAACAUUUAGGGCAAAAGUUUUUAUUAUGGUGCUAUAUUUUUUUUUAUUAUUAUUCAUGUGAGGUGUCUGCUUUAUUACAAACUGCAUGCAACGAUUUUUGCCCCGAGAAAAACGGUGUAAAAGAACGAUGACCUCAACUCUUGAAAUUUGAGCAGGCCUAGCGUUGAUCGAUAUUAUUUUGUUCGCGUUAUAUCCCAAUUAAAUUUUUGCCUACGGUAAUAUAUACGUUCGAAAACAAGGGUGGCACAUUGUUCUAGUUUGCUGCAAUGUUUCUCUCAGAUGUCACAAGAAGCGAUCUAGCAGACAUACGCGUGUUAGAAAUAUUCGGUAUCAGCUUUUUGAUGCACUGUGAUCUAAUUAAACGAGUGCUGGAAGUGUUGUUCUCUCAUUUACACGAGUUUGCAUUUACUCAUCAAGCAGCAGCAUCAGAAAAUCUGCAGUUUCAGGAUUUAAGAUUGAACUUUCGAACGAAUCCUGUGUGCUCGUCAUAUGAA